UAAUGUUGCCGGGAAUUUCGAACGCUGUGGUUGUCGGAAAAGCGGGCGCGCGUGUCGAGUUGCUUUCACAAUAAAUAAAAUUGUUCGUUCGGUGCGUGUGGCGUGCGCCGUUGUUUAAGUGGAAAAAUAAGCAAAGAUCCCAUAAAUAUCCCAAAAAAAAAAUUCCAAAAAAUAUAUUUAAACAAAAAAGUGAUGAAAGCAGAGAAAGAUAAAGUUAUGAGAUAGAUCCUUCGUUCGUUCGUGCUUCGUUCAGUCGUCGCGAGUUGAGGCCACUUCGUGUGAGAAACUCUAAACGAAAAAUUAAGCUUUUAUGACAGCCUAAAAAAAAUCUAGAAAAAUUAUAACCAAAAUUCUAGAUAAAAUUUACAAAGUCAAGAAAUUCAAAAAAUUUAAUCACUCUGUGAAAUGUUGCUGCUGCAACGGCCACAGUUCUUUGUGGCUCAGUGUUGUCCCUGUGUUGUUGCCCAUAAAAUAAGCCACUGACUCCGAGCCCAGGAUGCGGAAUGAUGCCCCACGGAUUACACAAAAGGAUUAAAUAACAAAUGGCAAAUGUCAGCGGCAGCAGCAGCAAUCCAGGACUGGUGAUGGAGAAAUCAAAGUGAAUAGAGAGCCAGGGAAAAUCAAGUGGAAAAGAUGAGAAUUAAAAUGCAAGCAGCUGCUGGAAAAAGCGAGAAAAUCACGAAACUGCAGCCAGAACCAAGGGGCAACAACUUAUGAAAACGACUCAAAAAAGGAAAGCGGAAAAAUCGAAAACGAAUCAAGCCAAACGGAAAAACAACGAACCAAGGAGGAAAAUUAAAGAGCAACAAUUACCAGGGAAAACUCGCACAACUAAGAGAGAGGAAUAAAGGUAGUUCGGAGAAAGUCAAGGAGGAGUCCAGCCCAAAAUGGAUACACUUUCCGCUGCGGUUCUUAACCGCUGCCAGCUGGCAACGGCCUUCCUUCUAGUCCUAACCGCAGCACUCUCCACGACGAUGGUCCAAGCCGAACAGCACCCGGCCACGGCCGACGAAGGACCCUUAUCAGAGGUUCUCACUGCUGUGGGAUCGGAGGUGGCUCUGCCCUGUGAUCUUUUGCCGGGCACACAGAUUGCCGAUAAAGUGCAACUGGUCAUUUGGUAUCGGGAGGGAAGCGUAAAGCCCAUCUACACUUUCGAUGCCAGGAAUCGCCCUCUGACCCAGGCCGUUCCCUGGGCAGAUGAGAGUGUCUUCAACAAGAAGGCUCACUUCCACUACGAUGGCACACCGCCUGCCCUGAGGAUCAAGAAUAUUCAGACCAACGAUGCGGGUCUUUACAAGUGUCGUGUGGAUUUCCACAAGUCACCAACUCGUAAUUGGCGCAUCAAUGUGACAGUGCUGGUUCCCCCCACCAAGCUAAUCAUCAUGGACCAUCAUGGUGCCGAGAUACGUGACCAGACCGCAGGACCCUAUUUAGAGGGCGACAGCAUUGACCUGACCUGCCUGUCCAGCGGCGGAGUGCCACCGCCAAGGGUUUCCUGGUGGCGUGAGCAUGCCCUGAUCGACGACUCCUUCCAGGUCCUGCCCGAUGGCUCCGUUCGCAAUAUCCUGCGACUGAAAAACAUCCAGCGGAAGGAUCUCCUAACGAUGUACACCUGCCAGGCCACCAAUGGCCAUGUGGUUCCGGCUCUGACCAAGAAAGUUAUCCUCGACAUGAAUCUUCCCCCUCUCAGUCUGCUCCUGCAAGGACUGAAUCACGCUGUAGUGGCAGGAACAAGGACUCAUGUGACCUGCACCGCCAUAGGAGCUCGUCCGCCGCCCAUCAUAAUGUGGUCGAAGGCAGGACAGCCCGUGAAAGGGGCCACAGCAUCCACAUCUUCCGAUGGCAAUACAACCAUAUCGGAGCUAAUGCUAAUACCCGUGCCCGAGGAUAACGAAAGGCAGGUGGUCUGCUCCAUUUCCCUGAAUGCUGGCAUUACUUCCCAGCAGCUCCACGAGGGUCACACCACGGUGAUGACCACCAUGGGCAAUGGACACACUGGACUGCAUCUCAAGGACUCUCGAGUGCUGAAUGUGACACAUGCACCCAUUGUCAACCUGAAUCUGGGAGCUCCCCUCGAUCCGAAUAAUCUGCUCAAGGGCUCCGAUGUCUACCUGGAGUGCGAUGUGAAGGCCAAUCCGGGAAUAACUCGCGUAGAGUGGUACCACAGUGACAAGCAGCUGCAUUCCUCCCGCGGCAUCAUCAUCUCCAACCAGACGCUCGUCCUGCAGGGAAUUUCGAAAUCCUCGCACGGCCAGUACUUCUGCAGGGCCACCAACCUGCAGGGCAGUGUGUCCAGCAACGAAGUCUACUUGGAUGUGAAGUAUCCUCCCGUUUGCAAGUCGGAAUCGACGAUUAUACGUGCCGCGCUCAAGCAGACAAUCAACAUCACCUGCGAGGUGGACGCCAAUCCACUCGAUAAUCUAAAUUACAAGUGGCACUUCAACAACUCACUGGAGAGCCUCAUCGAGCUGCCCCAACUGGGAGCUGUUCCGAUGAUGCUGGCCUCCGGUCUGGACUCGACUCCGAACGGAUAUUAUCAGCGGAGCAAGCGGAAGCACUCGCACGGAAUGCAGCAGCGCCUGCUUCACGGACGACACGGACGCAUGGCGGCCGUGAGGUUCGAGGACGAGGACGAGUACUAUGGCGAGGAGGAGGAGGCGGAGAACGAGGAGGAGCUGCCCUACACCCAAAUGGUCUACUCCAAUAUGGUGCACAAGAACCACGUGGAGAUCAACAAGCAGUUGCAACGGAAACAGCCGUCCCAGCAACAGAACCAACAGCAUCUCCAGUCCGGUGGCUCCAUCUCGGACACGCAUCACCCAUCCUCCUCCCUGUCCUCCGCCGCUAUCCAGCUGGCGGAGCGCAAGAGACUCUCGGCCCUGCACAAGCAGCAGCAUCAUCGUGGCGGAGUGGUCACGCCCCCGACCACCACCGCCGCUCCGCCGCUGAACAACGUGUACAGCUAUCACGUGGAUAGCUACGAGUCCUUCGGCGCCAUUUCCUGCGUGGCCAGCAGUCCGAUGGGCCACAGCCAGCCCUGCUGGUAUCACAUCCAGCCGGCAGAUCUACCCGAACCCGUUAAGAACUGCUCGGCCUUUAAUGCCACAGCCAAUUCCCUGCAGAUUCAGUGCAUUCCCGGCUACGAUGGCGGCAUUCCCCAGCACUUCCAUGCCCAGAUUUACGACGAACUGAACCGUCAGAUACUGUACAACGCGUCCUACAAGUAUCCGGAGUUUACGGUCAAGCGUCUGCCCAGCGAUUCGGUGUUCGUCAUCCGGAUAACAGCGGUGAAUGCCCAGGGAGCCAGCAAAGUGGCAUAUCGCCUGCGAGGACGUACGCUGUCGGCGCCUCUACUGCGGACAGCCUCAUCGACGGCGGUGCUGGUGCAGCUGACACCCCUGCUGGGCGCUCUGGUCGGUGUGAUUGCCACACUCAUCCUGGUGGCCAUUUGCGUGGUGAUCUUUAUCAAAUUCCGCAGCAAACGGGGCGGCGGCGGGCGUAGGCACGGUAAUGGAGGCGAGGCCACCACCACCGAGGCGGACAAGGGCAGUGCGGAGCCCCUCUCCCGCAACAUGGGCAGCCACUCCAGUUUGGAGGACAAAAAUCCGGAUGUGGUGCCCCAGGAGGCCAACAGCGAGGACGAGUUCCAUCAGGAGGAGAAGGCCUUCGACCGAUUGAAUAUGGAAUCGCAACGGAUUUUGUACACCCCGCCGACGCGCAUUAAUACCGCCUCCCCGCCGCCGCCCUCGCUCUCGCCUACCUUUGGCAAACAGUACGGUGAACUAUCGCUAACCACGAACCCUGCCUUCAGCCUGUAUAACACGCCCCAGCGCGCUCCUGCCGUUCAGCGACCUGUUUACACCGCUCCGCCGCCCCUGCUGUCCACGCGGACGCCCCCCAACAUCUACACCCGCAUCCCGGGCAGAGGUGGUGCCGGCAGCGGUGCAACGGUGACCUCGGCAGGAGCCACCGGCUAUCACCUGCCGGCGUACGAGACCAGGACCUCGCCCACCUCCCCCUAUGGAUCCACCACGACCUGCACCAUGCCCCUGCUGGGUGGCCAAUCCAACGGAUCGCUACAGACCAAUGGGAGCAGUGGUGGCAAUGGUCUCGUGGUCGGUGGGGCGUGUAAUACCUUGCCCCAUCCUGGCAGCCUGCAUGGACUCCAUGGAGGCGGUGGCAUUUCGGCGGCGCUGACCAGCUCGGUGACCAGUGGCAACAUCACCAUCGGAGCGGCCCAGUCGCUGCUGACCUCGCCGCGGUCCCAGACCGCCACGUACAGCACCACGCUGGGGGGAAUGGGCGCCGUGGGGGUGCAGUCGCCGCUGCUGAUGAGCGGCGGUGGCCUUGGGAACUACGAGACGGUGAGCUCCUGAGAGUUAGCCAAAGAGGACGUCAAGUGUCAGAUCGUGUGCAUCGGGGGGAGCAGUACGUGCACCACCACCACUCUGGGCGCCGAGCGCACCACCAUUGUCUAAGUAACACAUACUUAAUCCCCCAAAGGAACUGUCCCAGAGGUAACUGAAUCCCAAAAUCUGUAUUAUAGUAGGUAAGCUGCAUCGACAAGACUUCCACAAAGCAAGCAAAACAAAAGCAGCAGCUGGAGAAACUAAACUAGAACUCUUAAUCGUGUAUAGUUAAAGCCCAGAAUGUAAGGGACAUAGCAUUGUUUUCGAACCCACAAGGAGAAAGGCAUUUAUUUAGUUUAAACAACUCGAGAAUCUGUCUUUGUGCGCUAAAAAAACAGAAACCAGAAACAUAAUGAGCUAUGCUUGUGAAAUUAACAGAAAACUAGUACUAAUCGCAACUAGUUAAGCUAUAUAGAUGUGUAUAUAUGUAACCUACUUUAGGAUCAGGUCUGCUAAUACUUAAACUAGUUGUAGCCUAAACUAAAUUGAACUUAGUUAGUCACAUUGCGAAUCUACGAAAAGACUAUCCCUAUGAUAAAAUUACAGAAUUUAAUGGCAUAUCUCUAUAAAGCAUAUAGCACAACCACACACACAACACGACAUCUGAAAUAGGCGCAAACUACAUAUAUAUAUAUAUAUAUUAUAAACGAUACGAUACAAUACGAUAUAUGGAUAUGGCGUGUAUGUGUGCAUCGAAUCAACUUUGUUAAAUGUGGAAUGAAAUUUUAUAAGCAUCUGUUGUCGACAACUACUUUUUCAGCUCUAUAUAGUACGAAUAUAAAUAUAUAUAUAAAUGAUCUGUAUGUAUCCAAGAUUAAAGUGCGCAAAACCAACAACCUGCCCCCAAGAAGAACCCCCUUUCCAAUUCAAUUUCAUCGAACUUACAACCCGUUUUACACCUACUUCCCACCAUCAACGAACCCAACAUGCAAAGUGCUUCUUCAAUGACAAAAUCAAAUUCAAAUUGUGACUCGAAUUAUAAAUUGGAAAAACAAAACGAAAACAAAUAAAAAUACAAAAAAAGAAACGAAACUAAGAACUUGAGAAUGAAAUUUAAUUUUAGGGAAAUUUGACUCUUUAAGUAUGUUUAAAUAUAUAAAUAUAUAUUUUCUUAAUUAACCCCUUGAUUAUAUUUAUUUCUUGUGUUUCGAAAAUUAAGUACUUUACGUUCAGUCUCCAUUUUUAAUGUACAAUUAAACUUAAUAUUUGCGAAUGAGCAAAACAAAGUGAAAAUAAGUGAACAAAAAAAUAAAGAACAAAA